GAGGUAACUCUGUAUGAAAGUUUUGCCCUGACAUGCGGAGUUGUCUCUGUCCUCAUCGCAGCCGCCAAAAUCUACGUGGGUUAUCGCCUUAAGAGUCAAGCUCUGGCAACUGACAGUAUUAUCACACUCGUUGGUGCGGCAGCGUGUUUUGCCGGUGUGGCCGGCCUGGAGCUGUACGUGAACGACACACACCUCUGGUACAUGGACUCAGUCUUCGGCAUACUCUGUGGCCUCUUCUUGCUCGUCUUUGGGAUCAGAUUGCUGUACAAAACAUGCAGGGAAAGACGAGAAGAACUCGGUUAGCUUCCUCCGUCAAGUAUCUUCAACAACUCUGUGGUCCAGGGUCCAGGGAGGUCCGCCAUUCCUCACGCCGUACUUUGAGUGAGGCAGCAGCUGGCACAAGCAAAGGCUUCGUAGUCGAAGAGUAUUCUCUCUCUCCCUUUCUCCUUUGUUGAGUCUCAGUCUUCUAAGUCUCAGUCUUCUAAGUCUCAGUCUCAGUUUGAGUUGUUUCUCCUUUGUUGAGUCUCAGUCUUCUAAGUCUCAGUCUCAGUUUGAGUUGUUUCUCCUUUGUUGAGUCUCAGUCUUCUAAGUCUCAGUCUUCUAAGUCUCAGUCUCAGUUUGAGUUGUUUCUCCUUUGUUGAGUCUCAGUCUUCUUCUCAGUUUGAGUUGUUUCUCCUUUGUUGAGUCUCAGUCUUCUAAGUCUCAGUCUUCUAAGUCUCAGUCUCAGUUUGAGUUGUUUCUCCUUUGUUGAGUCUCAGUCUUCUAAGUCUCAGUCUCAGUUUGAGUUGUUUCUCCUUUGUUGAGUCUCAGUCUUCUAAGUCUCAGUCUCAGUUUGAGUUGUUUCUCCUUUGUUGAGUCUCAGUCUUCUAAGUCUCAGUCUUCUAAGUCUCAGUCUUCUAAGUCUCAGUCUCAGUUUGAGUUGUUUCUCCUUUGUUGAGUCUCAGUCUUCUAAGUCUCAGUCUUCUAAGUCUCAGUCUCAGUUUGAGUUGUUUCUCCUUUGUUGAGUCUCAGUCUUCUAAGUCUCAGUCUCAGUUUGAGUUGUUUCUCCUGUGUUGAGUCUCAGUCUUCUAAGUCUCAGUCUCAGUUUGAGUUGUUUCUCCUUUGUUGAGUCUCAGUCUUCUAAGUCUCAGUCUUCUAAGUCUCAGUCUCAGUUUGAGUUGUUUCUCCUUUGUUGAGUCUCAGUCUUCUAAGUCUCAGUCUCAGUUUGAGUUGUUUCUCCUUUGUUGAGUCUCAGUCUUCUAAGUCUCAGUCUCAGUUUGAGUUGUUUCUCCUUUGGAAUGGAGUUGGUAGUCUUCCAUUAUGAAGCGUUUGCUGACAGCUGCUUGUUAUCCUUUGGACCAUGCCAGUAAUGUUACCCGUAUUAUUAUUAUGAUAUAUAUAUAUCAUGAACGUGUAGUCAGUCAGUACCUCGAUUUGGUACUAUUGAACUAUCUUCGGCUAGCUGUUCAGCUGAACCAAGCCCCAGAGAGAAAUUUUUCUUCCGGAAAGGAAAAAUAAAACAAAAACAAACAAAAUAAUUUUUUUAAAAACGUUACAUGUUUCUGUUAAAGAUUGUACCAUUUAUCUCAUUUUUCGUGCUUAUUUAAUUUAAUCGACAUUUUGAAUUCGAAUUUCGUCUAAAUAUUUCUCGAGCAUUUGCAACAUAUAACGCAGAUUAUUAAGAAACUGUAGUCUGGAAAAAAAUUUAAAAAUUGGGGGGUUUCGAACAUCUGAAUAGCUGGCCGAUAUGAAUAAUUUAUUAUUGUUAUGCUAUAGAUCACGCGUGCCUCUUAAACAUUGCUGUGUUUUGUGAUAUUUUUCUUUACGCCUACAAUAUAAAAAAAGGCUGUUGCAUUUACAAUGUAAUAUAUACACAUACAUGUGUGCUAUUAAUAGAGGGGAGUCAAGGAUCUCAUUUUGAUUUGUGUAAGUCUUCAUUCAUCGGUCUGUUAGGAAGAUUGCAUAUUAUGUACCGUGAUUACUGAUGAUAUUGUCCAUUUUGUUGUUGUUAUUGUUGUUGUUUUUUUGUUUUUUUAUUAUCGUUGUUGUUGUUGUUGUUGUUGCUAUUGUUGUUGUUGUUGUUGUUAUUGUCGAAAAUGACCCAUGGAUCAAUAAUUUGAUUGGGGCUUGAACCCUAGUUACCAGGGUCGUUUGUAUAUCCGACAUAACAAGCACCCAAACAAACAAACAAAUAAGCAAACAGCAAACAGACAGA